GUUGAGGAAGGGUGUGAGAGCGGUAGAGUUAACUUGAGAAUUUGGGAAGGAGGGAAAGUAUUUUGGAAGGUAGUGGGGGUUAUAAACAGGGACACUAUGUUAAAAACUUUUAUUUGCAAUCGGUAUUCAUUUUAAAUUACAGUUAUUAUUUUAGUGUACGUCGUUAGUAUCUGUUGUUCCCUAGCCUUAUUUAAGUAUAUUUACUAUUUGUUUUCUUUGUUUUGGUGAAGUAAGCAGUACCGUUAUUGAAACUAAUAUAUUUCAUGAUGUCCCGUAGUGCUAGACGUUUAAACUCCCGGCAGGUUGCCCAGUCUUAUUCAGAGACCUGGAAAACUGGUCAUGGUUUUAGGACGUCUGACAACGAUUUGAUGGAAGUAGAUGAGCUCGGGGAACCGAGAUAUCAGCCUAGUGAAGAUGGGAGCAUUGCUACACGCAGCUCUGUAACGUACCUAACAGGUGUGUCGCUGCCUCAAAAGUCUUAUGCUAAGAAAAAUAAAUGGCCAGCUAGAAUGUGUUCACUUCUCUGUUGCAUUGUAGUAGUCACAGUGAUUGCGAUCCUUUUGGCCAUCUGUUAUCUCAUUCUUAAAGAUUUGCGUUCUGAAAAGGAGAAAAACGAAGAAGGCAUAGAAGUAGGAGUUCUCGGGUUUUGGACUUUGCUGGUUCUGGCUGCUGUUGCUGGUAUGUCCUGCUGCAUGUUUUCGUGGACGGUGACCUAUUUUGAUUCAUUUGAACCAGGAAUGUUUCCUCCUACUCCCCUGUCUCCAGCAAGAUUCAGGAAAAUGACAGGACAUUCUUUCCAUAUUGGAUACACUAUGGCGAUAUUGAAUGGCAUCAUGGCAGCCCUUACUGUCAUGUGGAGUCUUAGCUAAGUUAAAGUUGCUAUGCCAACACUGAAUUGGGAGGUGAACCUUCAGCACAGCAUAAUGGAAAAUUAUCAAGACUUUUGAGGGCUUUCUGUUGCUUCUGCUGCUGCCUUAAUUCAAACAACACCUGUGUGCCUUUGACAUUUGCAGUUUUUUAUAUUUCAGAAUUGAAUAGGGGAUGUGGAUUAUAUAGUCUGAAGAUUUUAAGUAAUUACCAGCAAAUUGACUACUUUUUAAGGAGGGGGUUGUUGUACAAUAGGACCAAAUAAAAGGAACAGAGAUGUACUUUCGAUGCACUGAAAAUAUAUGCUUGCUAUUUUAUGAAUAGCAUUUUAGAAUGUAAUGUAAUCAUUUGCACAAAAUUUUGAGGCUAAGCAUUUUGACUUUGGGCUAAGAAAUGUAUAUUUUUUUAUAAAUGUGCUUUUACAUACA